GUUGGAGAGGAGACCGUUGAGCAAAGUGGAGAAACCUAUAACGAGACGCCAAAAGCACUGUAAUGACACACCAGCUCAUUUUUUAGUAGUCUACACAGAAUUAGGUAGACUGUCAAGUAGAGACGUGCGUUUCUUUCGCUUGCUUUAAAUCUGCAAGAUGAGAAGAAGAGUUGAUGAAACUGUUGCAACUGAACGGACUGAGCGGAAAGCGGCAAAAUGCAAAUUUUCAGCAGUGAAAACAAGGUCUCGACUGUGGGUGUGGAUAACAAAGGGGCUUCUAGCUCUCGGCAUCCUAUAUGCGACUCUACCAUUUAUUCUGCGCCUCUUUCCUGGCAUUGUACAGCACCUGGUUUAUAAACAUGCUAUAACAUACUUCGUUGACCUCAGUCGUCCCUAUGACCUCGCUCUUAAUCACACCGUUAACAUGUACCUGUCCUCUGAAGAGGGGGUGACACUAGGCGUGUGGCACACUGUUCCUGAGCACAAGUGGAAAGAAGCCCAAGGUAAAAGUCUGGACUGGUAUGAGAAGUCUUUGGGUGACGGUUCACCUGUUUUCAUCUACCUCCAUGGUAAUACAGGUAGCAGAGCAUACCCACAUCGAGUGGGAGUUGGCAAAGUCCUAAGUUCACUUGGCUAUCAUGCGUUGGUUAUGGAUUACAGGGGAUUUGGGGACUCCACAGGGGAGCCCACAGAGGCCGGACUGACCACUGAUGCCCUUUAUCUGUACCACUGGGUAAGGGCACGCAGUAAGGGCAGCCUGGUGAUCUUCUGGGGUCACUCACUGGGCACAGCUGUGUCAACUAACACUGCUGUGAUAUUACAAGAGCAAGGAAACCCUGUCGAUGCAGUGAUUCUUGAGGGUGCAUUCUUAAAACCUGAUUUGCCAGAGGAAGAAUUGUUAAAAUUCCCUCACCCUUUUACAUGGUAUUACUGGAGGUUUCCCUAUAUUCAGUACUUUUUCAAGGACUUGAGCAAAAAUAAAUUUGUGUUUAACACUGAAGACAACCUAAAGAAAAUGAGAACACCUCUUUUGAUCCUUCAUUCUAAAGAUGACCAUCUGGCACCCUUCUGGAUGGCUGAGAAGGUUUACAGCAUAUCCAAAAGUGCCCUGAACUCUGAUAAGCUAGUCAAGCUGGUACCAUUUGAUGGAUCUCAUGGAUAUCUUCAUAAUGGGCUCUACAGAGAUCCUGGUUUGCCAGGUAUCAUAAGGGAAUUUGUGCAGUCGGUCACAGCAUAACCAGGAAGCGCCAAAGAGAGCAUCUAGGAUAAAGUAAUGGCCAGAUUCAUCUUUAUCUUAUACUCUCAAUGAGUCAAUGCAAUUCACUUGAUUUAACAAUGUAGACCUUCAUUGAUUGUCCUAAGCAGUGCUCAGUGAUCCUAUACUAUAGAGCAAUGGUGCACAACUUCACUUGAGCAGGGAAAUCACCAUACUUUGCUGAACUCAAGGAAGAGUGGUGUUUACC